GUAUUUUUAGAACUGGCGAUGUCUUCUAUGCUGAGCUAAAUAAUCUACUUUUAUUUCGACCGAAACUCGUAUAUAGUUCAACGGAGAAGUCAUCUAUUUUAAGAGAGAGUACACAGAUCAUUCACAAAUGAAAGUUGCGUAUAAGAAUAAAAUAGUGAGGAAUAUUAUAAUUUGCUUCGCGAACGAUAGUGCAAACCUUUUAAUACUGUGGUGGUUUAACGGCAAUUUUAUAGAAUUUGUGAAGAUGAAGGUUGUGCCAAAUUUUAUGGAGGUAAUUGUUGUCAAAGGAGUUUUAUUAUUGUUGUUGACUUUAACAACGGGAUAUAUUUUGAACUGCGAUGGCGCUGUUGUCGUGCGGUUGGAUGAAGAAAAAACUAUCAACGAGCGUCCUAUCAUCGGAGUACUGUCCCAGGAACAAUCGUUUUACCUGCACGGCAAAUAUCCUGAAGAAAAUUACACAAGUUAUAUCGCGGCGUCCUAUGUCAAGGACAUAGAAGCGUCAGGAGCACGAGUAGUUCCUAUCCUAAUUGGAAAAGAUCGACAAUAUUACAGAGAUAUUAUGAGUAAAUUGAAUGGUGUUCUUUUUCCUGGAGGCGCAACUUAUUUCAAUCAAUCCGAUGGUUACGCUGACGCUGGUCAGUAUAUUUACGAUAUAGCUAUAGAACUAAAUGACGCAGGCGACUAUUUCCCUGUAUUCGGCACUUGUCUUGGAUUCGAACUCCUUAUCAUCAUUGCGUCUGGGCGUGGAGAGAAAGAAAAUAGGAUCAGAUGUUAUUCUUAUAACAAUUUGCCGUUACACUUUACUGGUGAUUUUCGUAGUAGCAAAAUGUUUAAGCAGGCUCCAGAAGACAUUGUUGAUAUUCUGGCCAAUGAAGAUGUAACCAUCAAUGCGCAUCAGUUUUGCAUUGUCGAUGAGAACAUGGAGUCUCACGAUCUGGUGAAGGAUUGGCGCGUGUCGUCGUACAGUGAUGACGAUUACGGUGUUAGAUUUAUUGCCACCGUUGAACAUAGGAGGUAUCCGUUCUACGGUGUGCAGUUCCAUCCAGAGAAGAAUUCUUUCGAAUGGAAGUUGUCUAAGAACUAUGCACAUUCAAUAAACGCAAUCAAAGCGAAUCGUUACUUCAUGGAUUUCUUUGUAGGCGAGUGCAGACGGAAUCUACAUUCGUUCGCGAACGCUAACGAAGAGAAUAAAUACGUAAUUUAUAACUACGAGCCACACUUCACCGGUAUCUUAGGCAGUAUGUACCACCAGUGUUACUUCUUUGAACCAAGAGGAAAUGUAACGACAAAAUAAACC